UCGGAGUAAGGGAUGUGACUGAGAACAGAAAGUUAUCCUCAAGAACUUCUUUACUGUGAUCGAAAGGAGUUAUACCAGCACCAAAGAAGAGAGGAACAUUCUCUCCAUCUCUAUUGUCAAGAGGAGGAGGGGAUCCACACGAGCAUCAAACUGCUCCACCGGUAACACAGACGGUCCCAGCUGUCCAACAUUAAGCCGCCUCAUAGGAGGAACUGUGCGGAGUUCAGUGGUCAAUCUCAUUUCAUAAUGUAACAAGCUGAGAGGCUGCGGUGAAGCCUGGAGAGCAAAACAACUUUUUCUUGGAAGGAUCGUUUCUGCGUCCGCACGGUGACUGGAGUAUAUUCUCUGAUCCUCUGUGCUAUAUUCUCUGUGUGUGCACAGUUCUGCAGUCGAGAUGUUUGUGCGGCUGCAGAGGAAGCUGCAGACUCAGCUGCUGUCUGGUCUCAGAAGCACACGGGCGCCAUUGAGGGUCAAGCUGCAGACCCGCGCCUGUGCAUCGACCUCCUCAGCUCUCCGCUUGCACAGCGACCACCUCGUGGUCAGCUAUGAGGGCACCCAGAUGCGACUGAACUUCGUGUGGCUGCGGGACCACUGCCGCUCCGCCUCGUCCUACAACUCCAAAACCAACCAGAGGAACCUGGACACCGGCAGCAUAGAGCUCAACAUCCGCCCUGACACUACAGCAGUGGAAGGGGGUCACCUCGUCCUCACGUGGCGUGAUGGUCAUGUGUCCAAGUACAGCCUGAACUGGUUAGCUCAGAACAGCUAUGAGAGGAAGAAGCAGAGCACUGUCCAGCCUCGCAUCCUUUGGAACUCAAACAUUUACAAAAACAAAAACGUACCAUCAGCCAAGUGGGAGAAGUUUAUGAGCUGUGAUGAAGAGCUGAAGCAGUUUCUUCAGAACUAUCUGCUGUACGGGAUCGCGUUUGUUGAUGAUGUCCCAGCCACAGUGGAGGCCACGGAGGCGGUUUCCAAGAGGGUCAGUCUUAUCAGAGAGACCACGUAUGGAGGAAUGUGGAGCUUUACUUCCGACCAUUCCAGAGGAGACAGCGCCUACAGCCAGCUGGCCCUGGAUCGCCACACUGACACCUCCUACUUUCAGGAGCCAUGCGGAAUACAGGUUUUCCACUGCCUAAAGCACGAGGGCACUGGGGGAAGGACACUACUUGUAGAUGGGUUCUACGCUGGGGAGAAAUUACGUCAGCGGUCUCCUGAAAACUUUGAGCUGCUUUCCCGUGUGCCUAUCGGACACGAGUACAUUGAAAAAACUGACACCCACCGAAACCACAUGAGCGACAUCGGCCCUGUGCUAAACGUCUAUCCUUGGAACGAUGAACUUUACCUGAUCAGAUACAACAACUAUGACCGAUCGGUGAUUAACACAGUCCCCCAUGAGGUUGUCCAGAGAUGGUAUGCGGCACAUCGAGAGUUGACAACAGAACUAAGGCGGCCAGAGAACGAGCUGUGGGUCAAACUGACUCCAGGGAAAGUGGUUUUCAUAGACAACUGGCGAGUCAUGCAUGGGAGGGAGUCAUUCACAGGCUUGAGGGAGCUGUGUGGGUGUUAUCUGACCAGAGAUGACGUCCUCAGUGCAGCACGUGGCUUUGACCUGCAGGCCUGAUCCUGGACAUGAUCGUUGCUUCACUUCUGUGCCUUGUUGUUUAGCUUUUUUAAUAUAUGAUUACUCAGGUCUGCACUUCAGAACAAUCACAACAGUCUAAGUCUGUCCCAUUGGGCAAAGGGAUAUUAUAUGUAAGGUCAUGCACAUUUUAUGCAGGAAUUAGGAAUGAACCUGAGAAGAUCCCAUUCAGUUUCAAUUCAAAUUCCUUGGAAAUAAAGCGGCCACAUAUUUAUGAGAGUGAAAUUUAGUGCAGGUGCAAAUUAUAAGCCAGAUCUAAAUGUUUCAUAAGGGGAUUGUUGGGACUUGAUGGAGGUUUGCACUACUGAUUUAUCUCAUAUGUUAUCAGUCACCUAUCAUCAUCUAAUUUCCAAAACACUGGUGUGUUAUGAUAUUAUCAAUAAAGAGCCCGUGAGUCAGAUA